GAAUGUCUCAGACUAUGGGGGAGUCAAAGACUUGAGGAUUCCUACGAAAAAGAUAUGGAUUCCCGAUAUAUUAAUGUAUAACAGUGCCGAUGAGAAGUUUGACAGUAAAUUUCCAACCAACGUAGUGGUUAACAAUAACGGGACGUGUCUGUUCGUGCCACCAGGGGUAUUUAAGAGCACCUGUCAGAUAGACAUUACUUGGUUUCCAUUUGAUGACCAGAGAUGUAAAAUGAAAUUCGGCAGUUGGACAUACGACGGCUUCUCAUUAGAUCUGCAGCUGUCCGGCGAAGAGGGCAAAGAAGAGGGCGGAGAUCUGACACCUUUCCUGCCAAACGGCGAGUGGGUAUUAGUCGGUGCACCUGCCAAGAGGACCUUGUUGUAUUACGACUGCUGUCCGGAGCCGUACGUGGACAUCACAUUCGUCAUUCAUAUCAAACGAAGAACUCUUUAUUAUGGAUUCAAUUUAAUAAUUCCUUGCAUUAUCUUGUCGUCCAUGACUUUACUCGGAUUUUCAUUACCGCCCGAUUCUGGAGAGAAACUUCAAUUAGGAGUCACUAUACUAUUGUCGAUGACUGUAUUCUUAGUACAAUUGGGAAAGAUACUUCCUGCUACAUCCGAAUCCAUAUCAAUAAUCGCGGCAUAUUUUGCAUCAAUUAUGGUGAUGGUUGCCUUCUCGGUGGUCAUGACUGUCGUGGUCCUCAACUUCCAUCACAGGACACAUGCCACCCAUGAAAUGGGUUGUAUGAUGAGAGCAAUAAUGUUGGAGUGGUUGCCGUGGAUAUUGCGGAUGGAAAGGCAUGGCAUUAAGCCUCCCCGACGUAUCGCCGGAUCUGUUGCUCGAAAUAAAGCCAUUAAUUAUGGAGUGAAUGAAUCGAAAGCGAAAGACGACAAGGAUUUGGAAAUGUUUGCCAAAAGUAUGGCUCAAUUCGAGAAUAUAUGGACGACUGAAGACGACUGCAAAGCGAUGGACGCAACAAAUGUGGCGAUGAAUAAGAAAUGCCAAACAAAUGCCUUAACCCAUAGGACUAGCAAUCAUUGCAAUCAUAUUAGGGAUCAAAACAUUGAACACAACUUCAGUCGUAAUCGGUUCGCAGACAAUGAGGCGAUUGGCGGCGAUUACGCCAAUGAGUCGCCGCCGCCGACCACUCAUACCUUCGGCCGUCUGAGCCCAUCGAGCGCUCGGCACAAGAAAAUCAAAGAAAUCCUGUUUGAGAUGAAGUUCAUAACGAAUCGCAUGAGAAGACAGGACGACAUCAACGAACUGAUCGCCGAAUGGAAGUUCGCCGCAACGGUGUUGGACCGGCUCUGUCUCAUUGUCUUCACGCUAUUCACACUCAUCUCGACCGCCCUCUGCCUCUUCUCCGCCCCCCAACUCAUUGUCUAAUCUUCAUGUUUAACACUCAUUGCCCCAUAAUUUCAUUAAAUCUCAUUUUGUUUACCAUUUUUAUUAUCAGCU